UGGGCUGAAAACUAUGGUACUUUAGUUAUUGUCAAAGACUGUUCUCUUAAUCGCGGUCGAUACAGAGUAGGCUUUGAUAAGUACAUAAAAUUGUAGGAGUAGCUCAUAUAUUGUCAUUUGGUAUCAUGUUGUCAAAGAACCACAUUGCUGUUGCUACGCAUAAGCGAAAGAUUGCAGAACUUGCUCGAUCUAUACGUAAAAAGUACCUAACCUUAAAAUUAGGUAGGAGCGAACAAGAUGAGUCUAUUAAGAAACUUUUCAAACCGAUAUCUGAACCCCUUCAAGAAAUUGUAAAAACCUCAACAAAUUACUCUGCCAAAAAAGAGGAACCGAAAGUUGACCACAAUGAAACGUAUGGCAGUACACAGUUUAAUCCGCCAAAAACCUCAUCUCCCGUCAAACCUAAUUUCAUUUCGUUGGAAGAGGUUGCUGCUACUGAAGACAACCCCGAAGAAUUUAGUGAAAAUGAUGAUGAAAUUUCACCGACUUCUGAUCAAUCAUUAGCUCCACAAGUAGUUGCACAAUAUCUGGAACAAUAUCCUCCAAUGAGCCUACCCGUUGUUCAAGACUACUGGCAAAACGAUGACAAAAUCGAUCAAGUAUACGGUCCAGUAUAUGAUGAAGACAAUGACUGGUGGUUUCUGGGAAACAAGCGUAUGGAAUUUGAGUCCAAAACUGGAAACAUAAAAUUACUUAGUGGCGGCAAUCAGUUGUAUUUGACACCGGGGACUCCUGGCUUGUAUCAAUUAAUUUUUUACGAUAAACCUGUGUAUACUCCUGAUGACUUAAAGGCAUACAAAACCAUUUUGGAAACGACAAAUGUUCAUCGAAAUGCUUUAGGACAUUUAAAAGGUACACAAAGAUCAAAGUAUAUGCAAAUAAUCCGACCUCUGUUUAGUUCCCGAGAAGGUGCAGGAUUAUCAAAACUCAAAUCAUUGCCAACACAAAACCUUGAUUUAAUUUAUAAUGAAAAACCUAUAGAAUACGUCUAUUGGGACGAUCCGAAUGAAUUGGUCGAUAGAUUAAAGUUGUUAGUUGCUUCGAAACAAGCGGGAAAUACUCUUCCUCAUACUUCCGAUGGAAAUAUUGACUUUAAAAACGUAAAGUUAUGCAACAUAAAAGAACCAACAGGUGAUUCGGACGCUGCUACUAAGAAAUACAUAGAUACUUCGGUUAUCGAAUUUAAAACCUUACCAGCAGAAACUCGUGAAAUAGCUGAGUUUAUAUCGAGAGACCCUCCUAUUGCAGGUAAACACAUGGCAACAAAAAAGUAUGUAGAUGAAGCUAUUGUAAAUGCAAAAACGUUUCUUCGAAAAAACAUGAAGAAAAGUAGUACUGAUGCAGCUAAAAAUAUAAAUACUGUGACGGUAGAAUUGGAUAACAUCAAAUCUGCAAUACAACAAGACUUGACUCCAAUACAUAGAAAUAUUCGUGAUGUAUCUUCACAAUUGGCGCUUUUGGAAGGAAGAAUAUCAACCGUAUCAAAGAAAGUCUAUGACCUUGAUAAGCGUUUAAGUGAUGAACUAGACAGGGUUACUAAGAACACUAUAAAUCCUAUGGUCAAACGCGUUGAAGCAUUAGAAGGCAAACGUGGCAUUUCGAGUGAAGAUGUCAGCUAAGCACAUUGUAAAUAAAAAAUAUCAUGUAUGUGAGAAACUGCGAAACGAGUUGCAGGUAAAUCUCGAUAAUUUUAAGAAAAAAAUAAAUGGUAAUAGGAUGCAUGACGUGCAGCAAUUGCAGAAAAGUAUUCGAUUUGAAUCGCAUAUGAGAUCUUUAUUAGAUAGCCGAGUAUCAGAGUUGUCAAAGACUUUGUACGAGGUAGAUGAUCGUCUAUCUACAGCAAUACAAGAAAACCAAGAAUUAUUCGCUAUAUUUAACACUUAUUUACAACCUUUACUUCAAAGAAUUAAAGUGCUAGAACGAUUUCAUGGCAUCUACAGAAAAGAUUCAACUCGUUAACGAGCUGCACAAACAGGCUAGAAAAAAUUAUCCUCGUCGUCGCACCAUUAUUAAAGGCUUGGAUGAUUUAUGGCAAAUGGAUUUGGCUGAAAUGCGUCCUUACGCCCAUCAAAAUAAAAAUUUUAAAUUAAUUUUAGUUGUUAUCGAUUGCUUUUCAAAGUUUAUGUGGACUCGACCAUUAAAGACAAAGACGGGAGAGGAGCUUACUCGUACAUUUUCAGAUAUUCUCGCACACACUAAACGUACACCGAAAAAUCUACAAUCCGAUCAAGGAACGGAAUUUUACAACAACAAAUUUCAAAGUUUAAUGAAACAACAUAAUAUUAAUCAUUAUAGUACGUACAGCACCAAAAAAGCUGCUAUUGCUGAGAGAGUCAUAAGAACGCUGAAAAAUAAACUUUACAAAUACUUUAGUUUAAAAGGCUCAUAUAAAUGGAUUGAUAUAUUACCCACCAUUACUUCCGAAUAUAAUGAAACACGUCAUCAAACCAUCGGAUGUUGACCUUCACAAGUAAAUAGAUCCAACGAAAAAGAUAUUUUAAAUCGAAAAUAUUCACAUCUGAAAAUUGCUGGUCCACGAAAAUUUAAAGUUGGUGACACUGUACGUAUCAGCCGCGCAAAAAUGCUUUUCCAGAAAGGAUACGUCCCCAGCUGGACGACUGAAUUAUUUAAAGUUACCAACCCUGCAACGUAUAUGCUUGAAGAUAUGUAUGGCUCACCAAUCAAAGGAGCUUUUUACGAUGAGGAAUUACAGAAAACUGCGAAUCCCGACGUUUAUUUGGUGGAAAAAGUGUUGCGUCGAAAAGGUACUAAAAUGUACGUUAAAUGGCUUGGUUUUGAUAAAAAACAUAAUAGUUGGAUUGAAAAUGAUGAUGUAGUUUAAUAUCAUCAUAGUGCUUCAUGAAUGGUGGGGGUACGAAGAUAUAAAUUAGGGAAACUCAAGCACCUGAGUCUCAGUUGUUGUACAACAAUCAGUUCUCCUAGUUUUUCACACAAUGUAUUCUCAAGAUAAUGGUUAUGGUUCUGAAGAUAGUGAGUUUGAUGUUCCCAUAACUCCAUCACCACCGGAACCGUUAUCACCAUCGAUAGUGUCUGAAGACUAUGAUCAUGAAAUAGACUCACUCUUGGAGAGGUACGAAGAAGCAUCUAAAAACGAAGAGUAUUAUUUGCUCUACACACAAUUUCCACAUGAUAUCGGUCAAAUUGGGUGUGGUCUAAGUCCAGCACGAUCAUUUACUCCAGCUGUUGUCAUACACAAAGACCAGUGGGAAAAAGUAUCUUUUAGCUCAUAUGAGUGGGAACAAUUAAUUACCCAUCUUCGAGAUAGCAAUUUUUUCAAUGAGAUUGUGGACCGUCCUGACGAUGUGGAAAUCAAAUGUGGUGACUACUGCAAGCUUCAACAUGUAAUCUACGAUAGCACGAAAUUUAUCAAAGUUACCAAGCACAACUUGAGUUUUUUCCUAUCACAAGCGGACGUGAUGAACCUCUUACAUAUAAAUAAUGAACUUUUAGUGUCAUAUAUCUCAAUGUUAGAAAAAGUUGAAUUUCCCAAUUAUUAUUAUAAUUUGCUUAAGAGUGUUCGAGCUAGUUUUACUAAUGAUACUUAUGAGUUCUCAGAUGCUUUUCAUAAAAUGCAUGUAUUUAAGAACUUGGAUUGUAACUUGAAAAAUAUUGCACUGGGACAUUUCAUAAACUAUUAUAAAUAUAAAAUUGUCAAUGACUUUGAUAGAAUUUAAUAAAAUAUGCU